AUGGGCUUCCUCGUCGACGCCUCGCCUCUCGAUUGGGAGGACUCGCUCGAGGUGGUCAAGUACGUGCGCCAGCACGGCAUCGAGCAGUUCAUCCGGCACUACCGCCGCGUCGAGGCCAUCGAGGGCGACAUGCUGCGGUGGGGCGAUGAGCUCGAAUACGGCAUCUUCAAGAUCGACGAGCAGGGCCACAGCGUCAGGCUCUCACUGCGAGCUCCCGAGAUUAUGAAGCAGCUGCGACAGAGGGAAGAGGCAGCCGGCGACUCGGCCGGCCAGAGCUGCGCGUGGAUGCCGGAGUUUGGCUCUUGGAUGGUGGAAGGGACGCCCGGCCAGCCCUAUUCGGGGUUCGCUGCCGACCUUCUGCUUGUCGAGCGCAACAUGCGCAUCCGCAGGGCCCGCCUCCUCGCGGCCCUCGCCGCCGACGAGAUAUGCCCCACGGUGACGGUCUUCCCGCUGAUGGGCGUUGGCUCCUGCUCUCACCCGCCCGCCGAUCCAAAGCCGGGCCUCUCCGAGUCGCUCUUCGUGCCGGACGAAGUCAUCAACCCCGCGCCCCGAUUCGGAGCGCUCGUCGCCAACAUCAGGCGGCGGCGCGGCUCAAAGGUCGACAUCCGGAUGCCGCGUUUCGCCGACGAGAAGACGCCGGCCUUUGAGCGUCACGCGGGCUGCCCCCCGCCGGAGACGCGCGCCGAGGCGCUGCAGAUGGAGGAGGUGUACAUGGACGCAAUGGCGUUCGGCAUGGGCUGCUGCUGCCUGCAAGUCACCUUUCAGACGCGAAACGUCGCAGAGUCGAGGCACCUCUUUGACCAGCUAGCGGUGCUCGCGCCGGUCAUGCUCGCGCUCACCGCCGCCACGCCCAUCGCGCGCGGUGUGCUUCUCGACACUGACGUGCGGUGGGACAUCAUUGCCCAGUCGGUCGACGAUCGCACUCCCGCCGAGCGGGGCAUGGAUGACGGGGCGGCCCGGCACCCGGAGAUGGCCGGAGGAGGGGUGAAAAGGCUGCCAAAGUCGAGAUACGACUCCAUCUCCUCGUUCAUCUGUGACCACCUCGGCGGCAAGGACGAGCAGACACGCACCGAGCGAUACAACGACGUCGACGCGCCAAUCGACGAGGAGGCGCUCCAGACGCUCCUCGACGCGGGCGUGGACGCGGUGCUGGCGAGGCACCUGGCGCACCUCUUCACGCGGGACCCUCUCGUGGUCUACCGGGAGCGCAUCGAGCUCGACGACGCUACCGAGACGGACCACUUUGAGAAUAUCCAGUCCACCAACUGGCAGACGGUCCAGCUGACCGACUACGAGAACGCCGCCUUCACCACCUUUGUGGUGCUCGUCUCGCGCGUCAUUCUCUACUUCAACCUGAACCUGUAUACCCCAAUCUCGUGCGUCGACGAAAAUAUGAGACGCGCACACGCCCGCGACGCCGUGAGGACGCAGCGGUUCCACUUUCAGCAGCGGUCGAUGCCUCCCGCAGCGGGCCAGUCGGACGACGGCGAGCCAGAGCCGGGGCCGCCCGCUGGGCAGGGCGGCGACAUGGACUCGAAGCGAGACUCGCGCGCCUCCGCGUCUUGCGGCCGCACCGCGGGCGUGGAGGAGCUCUCGCUGUACGAGGUGAUGGUCGGGCGGGGCGAGUUCAAGGGCCUCGUGCCGAUGGUGCUGACCUACUUGGAAUUGAUCGAGACGGAUAGCGCCACGAUGAGCUCCCUCUCGGGCUACCUUGACUUCAUCGUCGCUCGCGCCAGCGGCCGGCUCCACACGCCGGCCCGGUGGAUGCGCGACUUCGUCUGCUCGCACCCGGACUACCGCCAGGACUCGGUCGUCUCGGAGCGGAUCGCCGCCGACCUGCUCGCCAAGUGCCACCGCAUCGGACUCGGCGUCGAGGCGGCGCCCGCGCUUCUCGGGGACGUCGUGAUCCCGGAGGUCCGCGCAAAGGACGCCUACGCCGCCGCCGACAUGGGCGACUCGCACCGCCUCUCGCGCAUCUCCCGCUCGAUCGCCGAGCUGAUGGCGUCGCACCAGUUCCGCUACCAGCUGCAGGAGCGCCGUACCCGGCUCCAGGCGAGCGAGGCCGACCUCCGCAAGAAAUGGGAGAAGACGCGCCACGAGCUGGAGGAGGUGGAGGCGCAGAUCGCCUUUCUGAGCCCGAAGUAG